UUAAUUUUUAUAACUAAAAGUGUUAAGCUAUCACAUCCCACAUCUAAGAAAUAUGUACCUUACACGCCAGUUAAGACAGCUGCCCCGGUCCAGGCUUACGCGCCACAUUGCCAGCGGUAAUGGCCCACAUUACACAACCGCAGCGCCGCAACCGGCUGCGGAGCACAUUGAAAUUCCAAAGCGCAUUGAGCGAUCGCCGACAGAUCUGCUGCAGGCGUUGGCCAGCACAGUGGGACGUGAUGCAACGGCACCGCACUAUAAAUAUCACGACGAUCCCUUUCUGAUACCCAUGUCGAACAUCACCAAGCGAACAUAUGCUCUAUCGAAGGAGGCUGGACGGAAGGCAGCAAAUUGGAUCAAAGAGGAACAUCGCGAGCUCUUUAUGCACCAAGAAGCCCAACCACCCAUUGAAAAAUUUGCCCCUUCCAUGGUCUUCACGGAAGAAUCGGAAGUGGAUGCGAGCUCACUGCAGCUGCUCGUCUCACAAGGUGAGCUGAAGGAUGCAGUGCUAGUGUAUAAUCUAUUGGUACAAAAGGGCAUUGAGGUCAGUGAUGCCUUGAAACAGAGUCUAUUAGAGCUGGUUUGCUUCUACAACAACGAAGAGCCGUUACCAGAGGAAUAUAUUGAGGAGCGUUGGUUUAUGCAGAACAGUCGUCGACGUGAACGACAUGGCAAGACGUGGAAGGAUGGUGAAUUAGCUGAGAAACUCUAUGCAGCAAUUGAGCCAAAGACGCCACAAUCUUAUGCAGCACUCAUACGUGGUAUGGCCAAAUAUUUGCAGUGUGAGCGUGCAUAUGCGCUGCUCCAAGAAGCCAAUGAGAAGCGUAUCCAGCUGGAUACAAAUACAUAUAAUGCCAUCAUACAGAUUGUGAGCUUCAUCAAGGAUACAGCCGAACAACGCUGGCAGAUGUGCACGUCGCUACUCAAUCAAAUGGCCGAACAGCAGCUGAAACCCAAUCUGGGUACCUUGAAUGCGGUACUGGAGUGCAUCAGCACAUUUGGAAACUUCAAAUUGGCCCGCAGCUCAGCCCUGAAGGUGCUUCCAGAAUUUAAGCAACUGGGAAUUGUGCCUAGCCUAGGCUCCUAUUACUACCUUUUGAUUAUAUUCUGCCGAGAACGUGCACCCGUCUCACACGUCAUCAUAGACAUCCUGAAUGAUAUUAACGGCAAAGAGUUCAAGGUGGAGCAUCCGAAGGACACGUACUUCUUUGCCACGGCUAUGGAUGUGUGCCGCAAUCACUUGCACGACAAAGCUCUGGCAAAGAGGGUGGAUGAACUGCUGCACACUGGCAACAACUAUGAUCUGAUAGGUGACUCCUUUAAGGAGGGUAUUUAUUAUCGCAAUUACCUAGCGCUGCUCUGUCAGACCGAGUCCAUUGAAGACUUCAUGCGCACCUACGAUAUACUGGUGCCCAACAUCUACAUACCCGAGCCAGGUAUCAUGGAAGAAAUCUUGCGAGCUAUCGAAAUCAAUGGAGCUGUAGAACACGUGCCUCGCAUCUGGUCAGACAUGGUCAUUUUCGAUCACACUCAUCGCGAGAGUCUGUUGCUUUACGUCCUACGCAUUAUGGUUGACAAUCGCCCAAAUCCGGAGCUGCCCGCCCAGCAACAGCUUCCCGAACAGUGUGCUAACGUAGCGUGGGAUAUGUAUAACAAGAUUGAGGAGUCGGCUAAGCGAAUCAAGAAAGUCUCCUUUACUGGUCAAAUGCUGGGCGACAUUCUGACCCUACUUGUUCGCGGCAACAGCAGCUUUGAUAAGGCGACUCAAGUGUUUACUUACAUAGACAAACAACAGCAUCGCAUUCCCGGAACCCCUGCGGACAGUGCUCUGUUCGAGUAUGUCGAAGCGAGCAUCUUAAACAAAGCUCCCAGCCAGGCAUUGAUGGCGCUUCAGUACGCCGUAGAGAACAACAUGGAAACGACUCCGCUGGCGAAGCGCAUUUACGAGGGUUUCACGCUCAGCGAAGUGCAUUUGGCGAAGCUGAAAUCCCUAGUUGGCGAAGGAUUUCUCACCAAAUAAAAUACAGUGAAUGUUAAUAGUAAUUAAAUUCGUUUUUAUAAUUUGCAAUAAAUAUAAAAUGUUAAA